GGGUCAGUGAGAGACAGAGGAGCUACGCUGAAAGGAAGGAGGCUGUACAGAAGACUCCAGGACACCACAUGGCACCUGUGUGAGGAUGUGGGUUCUACUCCUGUGCCUGGGUGAAGCGUGGCUCACCUCUGCCGCAACUAUCACCACAGCAACACCAGCGGCCUCACCACAAUCUCCGCCCACCGAGGACCACAGCACCCAGCUAGUGGACUGGCUGCUAAAGUAUGGGUACCUGCCUCCACCUGAUCCCUCCACUGGGCAGCUCCAAGCCUGGACUGCAGUGACCAGUGCUGUCCGCUCCAUGCAGAGGUUCGCUGGGCUCAACGACACCGGAGUCCUGGACGAGGAGACAAUGGCACUGAUGAAGACUCCACGUUGCUCCUUACCCGACCAGGAGCAGCCCUCUGGAGGACCACCAAACCAGGAGCAGAACCUGAGGAGGAGGAGGGCAGUGUCCACGUGGAGCAGGAGGAACAUCAACUGGAGGUUGCAGUCAUACCCACCCUCCUCCGCUCUGCCCAGAGACACUGUCCGCUCCCUAGUCUACUAUGCCCUGCAAGUGUGGGCCCAGCCGACCCCGUUGGACUUCCAUGAGGUGGGCAGUCCUGGAGACACUGACCUCCAGAUAGACUUCCACCAGGGAUACCAUGGAGAUGACUACCCCUUUGAUGGAGUAGGCGGGGCUGUGGGCCACGCUUUCUUCCCGUCAGACCCUCAGCGGGCGGGGGGCAUACACCUGGAUGCACAGGAGGAGUGGGCUUUCAGACAGACAGCAGCUGAAGGCACAGACCUGUUCACCGUUCUGCUGCAUGAGCUGGGACAUGCCCUUGGACUCUCUCACUCCUCCUCUCGACAUUCGGUGAUGAGACCCUACUACCAGGGGCCGGCCGGGGACCCCCUGCACUACCGCCUGGGGCCCCAAGAUCUGGAGAGUAUCACACUGCUCUAUGGGAAGAGGCAGCAGUUAAAAACCACUGAUGCCCCUCGUCUGGACUUAGAUCUGCAGCUCAGACACAGGCCACACCCACGCCGCCCCCACCCCCACCCUCACCUCCACCACAGGGCUGCCAUAGACCGCUGCAACACCACCUUUGAUGCUGUGGCCAGGAUCCGGGGAGAGACGUUCUUUUUCAAAGACCUGAGCAUGUGGCGGGUGAGCAGCUCCGGCCUGGUGUCCUCUCGGGGUGCAGCUGUGAGGAGACUGUGGAGAUCCCUCCCUCUGGACCUCAGGCUCAGGGCAGUGCUGGAGAGGGCCUCGGACCACAGCAUCGUCUUCAUCAGCGGUUCACAGGUGUGGCUCUUCCGGGACCUCUCGCUGCAGGAGGGCUACCCCGCGCCGCUCUCCUCUCUGCGGAUGGGGCCCAGGGUAGAGGAGAGGGUGGAGGAGGAGAGCGGGGAGAGGCAGGGGCUUCUGUGGGACGUGGAGGAGGGGCCAAUCUGGGGAGACACUGAAGCAGCAACCACAGGACCGGAGGCUGAUGUGUGGACGCACUUGCUGAAGGAGGGGGUCAGCGGGAUCACCACAGAUGCACGGGGUGCUGUGUAUAUGUUCACUGGUUCCUUCUACUGGAAGUUUCCAUUCCCUGGUUCUGCUCCGGAGGAUGGAUACCCUCGCUCCAUCGCUGCUGACUGGUUGGACUGCCCCAACAGUGGGCUGGUCCCAACGGGGGGCAGACAGGAGCUGAGGGAGAGCAAGGGUGAGGACAAAGGACACAAGGAGCUAGGAGAGAGGAAGGACAGAGGAGACAAGGAGUUAGGAGGGAGGCAGCACACCGGAGCGCACGUUUGGACCCACUGCACGUGUCAGAGCGGAGCCAAGGGCAGUACCACUGAGACAAUAUUUCUUAUUUUGACUUUUUUGUCAAUGUUUGUCAUAGAACUCUGA